CUCAGCGGACAGCCCGCCUUUAUAAAAAGGGAGAGUGAAAACUUGCCAGAAAUGGGAGAUCUCAUCUCCAACCUUCUCUCUCUACAACAGCACGCAACUACAUAAGCAUAUUCAGCUUCCAUCGUGAAAUCACAAUGACAGAUCACGCUUGGUGGAACCAUGAACUGCAUGUAAGUUGUUCGUACUAAUAAAGGCCUUCCAUAUGAUGGCCCCAAGUUCACGGUGCCCCUCUAGGCGGACUUCUCGAAAGUUCCAUUGUAUGUUACAUUUCAUACUCGGUUCCAUUUGUGUUGUAGGAUUCAUUUCAUAUUUUCAGACGAUCUCCUACUUUUUACGCCCCCUUUGGGAUAUUCCUCCGCCCCCGUUCGAUCAUUUACCCCAUUAUUACGCUGAAAAUGUUUCCAUGGAAAAUCUCUGCCGUGCCCAUGGUUGGUCUGUACUCUCUGAACCACGUUGUGUCUUUGACGCGAUUAUAUUCAGCAAUGAAUUAGACUUGCUAGAGAUUAGGUGGAAAGAACUCUACCCUUACGUUACUAAAUUUGUCAUCUUGGAAGCCAACACUACCUUCACAGGUAUCCCAAAGCCUCUCUUCUUUGCUGAGAAUCGUGGCAGAUUCGCCUUUGCUGAGAGCAAGAUAGUCCACGGUGUCUUUCCUGGCCGCGUUGCUGCAGAUGGGUCGCGUGAAGACCCAUUCAAACUCGAAGAAGAGCAUCGUAUAUCUAUGAAUUAUCUACUUCGUGGCCUUGCUGGUAUAUCUUAUGGCGACCUCCUAAUCAUAUCGGAUGCAGACGAAAUACCGAGCCCUCACACCAUCAAAUUGCUGCAGUGGUGUGCUGAAAUACCCCAUGUUCUUCAUUUGGAAAUGAGGAAUUAUCUAUACUCGUUCGAGUUCCCAGUGGAUUACAGCAGCUGGCGCGCGACUGCCCAUGUUUUCGGCCCCUGGACCCAAUACAAACACUCCCGUCAAACUGAUACUCUCCUCUCGGAUUCAGGCUGGCACUGCAGCUUCUGCUUCCGGUAUCUAAGUGACUUCGUGUUCAAAAUGACAGCGUACAGCCACGCAGGGCGGGUGAGGAGUGAAGAUUUUUUGAAGCAUUCGAGGAUUCAGAAGCUAAUCUGCAAGGGCGAUGAUUUGUUUGACAUGUUGCCAGAGGAGUAUACUUUCAAGAACAUGAUCAAGAAGAUGGGAUCAAUACCCCGGUCGGCCUCUGCUGUCCAUAUCCCGGCUUACUUGAUAGAGAAAGCGGACAAGUUUAGGUUUCUUUUGCCCGGAGGUUGUUCUCGUUCACCUGGAUGACCCCGUGUCCCUAGAUUUCUUCCUGUCACCCUAGGUUUCUUGUACCUGGAGGUUGUUCUCGAUUACCCGGAUGAGCAAAAUGAGUCCAUUAGCAUGUUUAAUCAUCCCAGCACAAUCAGGUGGGUGAAGCAAUUUGCAUAUGCUGGAACUCUAAGAGUCAGCAGCAGAUGCUUUGUUAAAAGGUUAGCUACCUCACAUUUAUUUUCCUUAUUGUUGUACUCCUUGCUUGAAUACUUGUAAUUUUAUCAGUGUUCAUUCUCAUUCAUGUUUAUUGCGGGAUUUUGCUUAUUUAUAAAGAAUGAGUUUGAGUUGAA